CCUAUACUGAUUUGGCAACAUCCGCAGCGGAGCAACGCGAGUGUUGCGCUAGUUCGUGCCAGUCACGUGAUCUAGCCUUCCUACUACUACGCUCUUCCUUCUGUAGCACCACUCGAAAGCAGUCUCCUUUCUCUCCCCCCUACACCGUCCAAAGACGAAACUUUCCAAGGGCCAAGGUCUGUCGUACGCCCAGGUCGUCCCGCGUUACAAAAAAAGAUGUCAUUUGUGGCGGAUAUCGGUCGUGGCGGACUUUGGUGCGGAGCAUUUGUGGCGACCGUUGCAGCGACUUACUGUGUGGCACGUGUCCAAAGCAUCACGUGUCCUCGUCUUUAUGAGGGAAGGCCGCGACCGGUCGUCACAGUCGUCACACAUCCCCAUGAGCAGCACAAGACGCGUCGUAAGCCAUCGGCGCCUGGCGCAUUCGGCUAUGCAGCUUCUGCUUCGCAGCGGAGGCAAGCCCACCGAGCUCGUCUGGGACAGUGUGAGGAACAAACCGUUGUUGAUGGGAGCAUCGGCCACCAAGAUUCAGAACGAAGACCGCGCGGACGGUGACGUGGACCUGGGUGUCGGUACCUGGAGCAGGAAUGCGUUGCUGGAGAGAUGUCGUCGUGAAGUCGGAUCCCUUCUGGCACCUCAGCUUCGUCGUUCUUUCAUGGGGACGCCAACGCGUGGGCCGGAUUCUAUACGGGUCCUGCAGUGGAAUCUUCUCUCGCAAGCCCUGGCCGAGAAAGCCGACCGGUUUGUGUGCUGCCCCGAUGCCGCCCUCAACUGGUACUGCCGUCGCUGGCGCAUCCUAGAAGACAUCGUCUUGUACGAGCCGGACAUCAUGUGCCUCCAAGAGGUGGACCACUACAACUUCCUCCGGUCCACUCUGGGUCGUAUCGGCUUCGCCGGCGUCUUCUUUCCCAAGCCAGACUCCCCGUGCUGCUACGUGAAGGACAACAACGGGCCCGAUGGCUGCGCCUUCUUCUACGACCAAGACAAGUUCGAACUGAUCAGCUGCGAGAAACGCGUCUUGCAGGUCUUCACCUGCCCCUCAAAUCAGGUGACAUUACUGUGCAUUCUCCGCCGAAAGUCGGACGGCGCCCAGCUGUGCGUUGUCACCACGCACCUCAAAGCACGCCAGGGAAUGUUGCUGACGAGCCUACGACACGAGCAAGGAAAAGAUCUGAUGAAAUUCGUUCGAACGCAUCGCGGGGGACGCCCCACGAUCAUAACGGGCGACCUGAACGCGGAGCCCUGGGAACCGGUUUACAAGACUCUCCUCGGCCAGAAGGAUCUCGGCCUAGAGAGCAGUUACGCCGUGGACGAGCAAGAACCGCCUUAUACCACCUGGAAGAUCCGCGAGGAAGGUGAAGUGAAGCACACGAUCGACUAUAUCUUCUUCAGCCGUCGAGAUUUCACGUUAGAAGCCCGUCUUCAGUUGCCAUCCGAAGGGGACAUCGGACCGGGACGUGUCCCUUCGCUGGCAUACCCCUCCGACCAUUUCUCCUUAGUGGUCGAUCUUCGGUUACCUCUUCAACAAAAUUUCCCAUCGUAACGAUGGCUGAAACAUGUAUUUGUAAAUAAUAAUAAUGACAUUGUACAUAGAGAAUAAAUGGAUCACCAGAUGCCAGCCCA